AUGGACAGCAAAACCCCCAAGACACUAGAAAGUGAGCAAGACCUGCAGCAAUUCGUCAGCGUGGGCGAUGGGAGCCUCCAGGGCGUCACGAUCGGGAGUGCGCCGGCCAAAACGCACUUCACGAAAUGGAACAUCGUCGCCUUCGCCUUUGUCAUCUGCAACAGCUGGGCCGGCGUGGCGGGCAGCAUCCAGCUAGCCCUCUUACAGGGCGGGCCGGCCACGCUCAUCUACAGCAUCAUCGUGUCGUCGAUCGCCUACAUGAGCAUCGCCAUUUCGAUGGCCGAACUGGCGAGCGUGUACCCGACCGCAGGAGGGCAAUACCACUUCGCCUCGAUCCUCGCGCCCAGGAAGAUCAAGCAGGGCCUGUCGUACGCCUGCGGCCUGCUGUCCAUCUUCUCGUGGAUCGCCAUCGGCGCCGCCGUCACCAUCAUCCCCGCCCAGCAGAUCAUGGCCCUGGUGGCCGCCCUGAACCCCGGGUUCGAGACCAAGCAGUGGCACGUUUUUCUGAUUUACCAGGCCAUGGCGCUUUUUGUGCUCCUCAACAACCUGUUUUUACUCAAACGCGCGCCGUGGACGCAUAACAUUGGAUUCGGCCUCACGAUCUCGCUGUUCCUGGCCAGCUUCGUCGCCCUGAUGGUGCGGGCGUCGCCCAAGGCCCCCGCCCGCUUCGUCUGGGCCACCUUCAUCAACUACACAGGCUGGUCGGACGGCGUGUGUUUUCUCAUCGGCCUGUCUACCUCCUGCUUUAUGUACAUCGGGCUGGACGCCUCGAUGCACAUCGCCGAGGAGUGCAAGGAGCCGAGAAAGACGGUGCCGAUGGCCAUGAUCACCGCCGUGCUCAUCGGCUGCACCACCGCGUUCGCGUACACCGUGGCCCAGCUCUACGCAUUGACAGACAUCGAGGCCAUCAUGACCACGACUGAAUACGUCCCCUGGGUCGUGAUUCGGCAGGGCCUGCGAUCCACGGCCCUCACGGCGGCCUUCAUCAUGGUUAGCAUUGUUAUGGCGGUCUUUAUCCUCAACGCUAUCCAGGAGACAUCGAGCCGGCUCGCCUGGUCGUUCGCCCGCGACAACGGCCUCGUCUUUUCGUCCCGCGUCGCCCGCAUCCACUCGACCCUGCAGGUCCCCGUCUAUGCGCUGUUCCUGACCUACGGCAUCCUAGUCGUGUGUGGCUGCGUAUUUGUCGCAUCGACGACGGCCUUCAACGCCUUGAUCGGCUCGUCGAUCGUGCUCCAGGAGAUCUCGUUCCUGAUCCCCGUCGCCCUGCUCCUCUACCGGCGGCGCGGGGAGAAAUACCUGCCGCGGACCCGCUACUUCGCGCCGCCGUCGGUUGUGGGAUGGACCGCCAACGUCGUCGUGGUCGUCUUCGCCCUCGUCACCACCGUCUUCUUUAAUCUCCCGCCCUUCCUGCCCACGUCGGCGAACACGAUGAACUACACCUGCGUCAUUCUGGGCAUCGCCCUCCUGCUCGGCAUCGCGAACUGGUUCGCCCACGCGCGGAAACACUACCAGGGCCCGACGAUCACGUUCGAAGGCGACGACGAGGCCCGGUGGGCAGCGAUGGUCGCGGAGCAAUAA